GCCGCGCAGGUCGACAUGGAUUGGCGCCUGUUGGUUUGUUUGAUUUUUCUGGCGCAUUUGAGAGUUUUGAGAGGACAAAUCUCGGAGUGCAGUCAUGACCAGUGGCAGUGUGACGAUGGCGGGUGUAUUCCUGCUGUGUGGAGAUGUGAUGGAGAUGGAGAUUGUCUGGAUGGAUCAGAUGAAGUGGACUGCACUGGACUCCGAGGCUCUGAUUGUCCGCCAGGUCAGUUUCCUUGUGUGGACUCUGUUGGCUGUGUUAAAGCGUCGGCCCGCUGCGAUGGACAAAAGCAGUGUCCCACUGGCUCCGAUGAGGAGAACUGUCCAGUCACAGAGGGCUGCCUGGACUCUGACUGGACAUGUCAAAAUCACAUCUGCAUCCCUAAAGAGCUGAGGUGCAAUGGAAUAGAUGACUGCAUGGACAACUCUGAUGAAAAGGACUGUGAUUUGUGCAGUGAGGGCAGCAUACGGUGUCCUGAGGGGACAUGUCUAUCUGCUGACGAGCAGUGCGAUGGCACGUUUCACUGUUCUGAUGAAAGCGAUGAGCCCAUAACCUGCGGGCGUGCCUGCGUUAUGGACAAUGGUGGAUGUAGCCAUGUGUGCACUGACGAACCUAGGGGAGUUCUGUGUUCUUGUCCUGCUGGAUAUAAGCUGUCUCCUAAUGGAACAGACUGUGAAGAUUUGGAUGAAUGUGCUCCACCUUUCGACCCCUGUGCUCAUCACUGCAGUAACACCAUCGGUUCUUACUAUUGCUACUGCAGAGAGGGAUUCAAACUAAAUGAAAACUCAACAUGUGUGGCUUCAGCUAAUCCUGUCCGAUUGCUGCUGGUUGGGGGGACAGCUUUAGGAUUAUUGAAUGUGAAAUCUCAACAGUUUGAAAUUAUUCAGAGUUCAACAUUUGACUCUGUGGCCUUGGCGUUUGAUGUUGCGCGGGGGUGGUACUACUGGGCUGACAGCCGUGGCAACAUUUACAAAAGUGAUGGACAGCAAAGCUGGACAGCCUAUACUGGGGAGCCUGGUAUCAAAGGCUUAGCUUGUGACUGGCUCAGUGGGAAUCUGUUCUGGACCAACAAGAAGACGGAGUCAAUCUACCUGCAGAGUUCUGAUGGAAAAAGUUACACUGCUCUGCUCAGCAAAAACAUCAGGCCCUCAGAGCUGGUCGUUAUGCCUGUAGAAAGCUUGAUGUUCUGGAUCAAUACGGGUCCAGGUGACAGAGCAACAAUAGAAAAGUCUUGGAUGGAUGCCUCAGAAAGAAGCUCUCUGGCAGUCAUCACUGCUCAGUCUGCCCACAGCCUCACUGCUGAUGUAGCUGCCAGACGGCUGUACUGGAUCAGUGAUUUUAAGAGGUCCAUAGAGACUGUGAAGGUGGAUGGGAGUGGCCGUUACUCCUACACAGGACUGUUCAGCAGGAGAGCACCGCAGAGUCUUGCUGUGUUUGAAAGUUUGUUUUAUUGGGUUGGUAACAAAGGACUCUGGCAGGCUCCACAGACUCAACUGAGCCAGAGAAAAUUUAUAUGGGAAUCCACACUGCCAGUAUUAGCUGUUUACCAUGAGCUACAACAGCCUCAAGGUUAUUCUGCAUGUGUAAAAACACCCUGUCACCUCUGCCAGCUAACUAAAAGCAACCCUCUUGGAUUCACCUGCUCUUGUCCAAACCUCAAAUUGCUGUUGCUGGAUGAGACAUGUGAAAAUCCACGGUUUCUCUAUGCUACAAAUACUGAAAUCAUCUUGUUGGAGUUGGAAGAUAAAGGGUUCAUUGAAAGCCAGCUUUUCACCACCAAUGAGGGGAUCCUCUCUUUUGAGCUUGACUGGGACAGAGACUGGCUUUACUGGGCAAACCAAACUGGCCACAUUCAACGCAUCAGUUUAACAGCGGCCACCGCUGAGCUGGUCCCAACACCUUUGCCAGUUUGUCUGAUAAAUGUGGACCAGAGGAGCGGAAGCCUUUAUUGGGUGUCAUGUCAUCGAAACACCAUCGGAACAAUCACAGCUGACAGCUACUACCCAAAGCAGCUUUACUACACGACAAAGGAGAUUAAAAACUUGUAUCUGGACUGGCUGCGGGGUACCAUCAUCUGGCUAGAAGAAGAUCGAAUUCUCAGCAUGAGCAUGUUGGGAGGUGACGCUAAAGAGCUGCUGCACAUAGCUGGAGGAGUGAGUGGGGGCAUCGCUUUUGACCUCAGGGCUAAUAGCCUGCUGUGGAACUCAAAAAUGGCAGGCUUAACAACAUUAAAUUUGCUGCGAGAGAGAAGCCACCAAGCUGGAAGAAGAUGGAAGAUUUUGGGCUCAGUUGUAGCUGCCCUCGAGCCUUUUCUCUUGUCAGUUUCAGACAACGUAAUGACUCUGUGGGAUCAGCGUGAUGGGAGCCCCAUUCAAGAUGCAGCUGUGACGGGUCAUGUGAUCAGAGUAAUCACUGCUCCCAUAGAUAUUCAGACAGUUCAGACCUGCAGGAAACCAUCGUUUUUGUGCAGACACUCAUCAGUCUGCCUCUCAGAAGCUCAGCUGUGUGACGGGAAAAAGGACUGCCCGGAAGGAGAUGACGAGUUUUGUCCUGGGGCUUGUCGGUCUAUAGAGGAGUUCGAAUGCCAGGACCGGAGCAGUUGCCUUUCCAGACGUCUUGUGUGUGAUGGUCGGUCUGAUUGUACCGAUGGCUCGGAUGAGGCUGAUUGUCCAACUGCAGCUCCUCGUACAAGUCGGUCAAAUGUGAUGAAAUGUCGCAUAGGCUCAAAGCCAUGUGAAGAUGGCAAAGACUGUGUUUUAUAUAGUCACGUGUGUGAUGGAGAGGACGACUGUGCGGAUGGAUCAGAUGAACUGGGCUGCGAUGCCCUGCAACAGAACAUGACUACCACAAGAACUAAUAUGGACCAAUCAAACAAAACUCCAGGUCCUACCACUCUUUCUCCUCGAGCUCUCCUGGCCUGCACCAGUCCCUCUGUCCUCUGUCCUUCUUCUGCUUACCUCUGCAUAUCUCCAGACCAGUUCUGCAAUGGACAUAGUGACUGCCCUGACGGCUUUGAUGAAAAGAACUGCGUAAAAAGUUGCCCCUCAAAAAAUGACUUUCUUUGCAAAGAUCAUCGCGGCUGCGUAUCUAAAAGCCUGGUUUGUGACGGUGAAUUUCAUUGCUACGACGGCUCUGAUGAGGUCGACUGUUCGAGUGCAGCCACGGCUGCUCCUGGGAGAAACAUUCUGAAAUGCCGUUUGGGGUUCACAGUCUGCAAAGAUGGGAAUCAGUGUGUCCUCAAUAUCAGCGUCUGUGAUGGAGAGAAAGACUGUCAAGAUGGAUCAGAUGAAGAACGAUGCAAUGAUGCAGAGAGAGAUUCUACAAUGCAAAUAGAGAGACGGCCCUCAAAUGAUUCUCCUGUACUCCUCACACCGUCCAUUAAACCUCACUACAAGCUACCUUGCAGCAGUCCUUCAAUUCUGUGUCCAGAUUCCUCUUUGUGCAUUAAACCAGCACAGAUAUGUGAUGGAAGAAAAGACUGCCAUGAUGGAUCUGAUGAGAACUGUGUGAAAGGGUGUCCUUUUGAGGACUUUCUCUGCAAGGACCGAAGGAGCUGUGUCUCCAAGAGUCUGGUCUGUGAUGGA